AUGCUUGAGCUAUGGGAAACCACAGAGGGAUGCAGCCCCAAACAAAGUGUAAAGGACUUGAAGAAACCGGCAAAUUAUCCAACAGAGCGGACUAUAGGGUACAAUCAAUUUAGUGAUUUGGAUUGGAGGAGCAAUCAUCCAACCGCAGAUGCAGAAAUGGAAAAGGAGUUGGGUGUUGAUAAGUUAGAGUCAUCAAUGAACUCCUCUAACGCAAGUCAUGAAACAACCAAGCAGAUUCAGGAGCGACUUGCUUCUGAUGCUGAGAAAUUGACGAGUCUUCAGAUGACUGUUGAUAACAUGAGAAGGAAAUUGUAUACUAACAGAAAGGCUAGAAAAGCCAAAAAUAUUGACUUUGAAGCAGCAAAAGAACAGUUACAAGAAACUGAGCUAACGGUUGUUCAGCUGGUCAAUUUGAACGCCCAUUUACUGAAGAAUGCAGAAGAAAGCACACUUCUUACAGGAAGUACUUCAGCAGAAUCAAAAGAGGUCAUGAAUAUCAAGCGCAAAAGAGUUUCAGAGCAGGCGAGAAAGGGGUCUGAGAAGGUUGAACGACUACAAUUGGAGGUUCAAAAACUUCACUACAUGUUACUGAAACUGGAUGAUGAAAAGAAUAGCAUAGCCAGAAGCAGAUUUUCCAGGAGCAAUGCAGGUAUUGUAUUGAAGAACUUCAUCCAUAUUGGGAAGAGAAAUAGUGAAAAGAGAAAGAAGGUCCAUCUUUGCGGAUGCUUUGCACCUUCAAAUAGCAGCAGCAAUAGAUACUACAUCUAA